AUGAGAUAAUAAAAAGAUGGUCUAUUUUUUCAAAGCCAGUUAUAUGUAAAAGAACUAUGUGAACCACUGAAUAUUUUAGAAUUGUUAUACGAUUAAGCUAAUUAAAGUAUAAGUCAUUCAAUAAAACCGGAAAAUUUGGAAAUAAUGAAUAAAACCAAUAAAAAUGAUAGUUCAACUAAAAGUAGACAUUAACUGUAACAAUCUAGUUUAUAGUAAACAGAGAAGUAAAAUAAAACCCAUAUGGAUCUGAAUGGGCAAAUAAAGUAUUAGAAAAACAAUUUGGAGUUCAUUUAUCUCAAAUAACCCAAAGAAAAAGGCCUAAAUGGAUCAUCAAAAAAUUGAAACCAGCUGAAUGCAAUGAAAUUAAAGAAAAAUCACAUUCUCGAUUGAUUUAUGUAUUAAAAAGUGCAUAAUCUUUAGGACAUAAAAACUUAAGAAAAAUUAUAUAGACAAACAGCCUCUAAAUCAAAUAGCAGAGGAAGAGAUAAAAUAGUUAAAAAUUAUGGUUAAUCUUUUAGUAGGCGUAGAUAGCCUUUACCUACUUUUGAUAUCAAUUUCUUAUACAAAUUAGAUAAAUAAAAUUAAUGA